CAGAAUGCUGGGCAUGUACGUGCCGGACAGGUUUGCCCUGAAGUCAUCUAAUAUUCAAGACGGGAUGGGGCUUUUCACGGCCCGGAGAGUGAAAAAGGGUGAAAAAUUUGGACCCUUUGCAGGAGAGAAGAGAAUGCCCCAGGAGCUGGAUGAAAACACCGACUGCAGGCUAAUGUGGGAGGUACGGGGGAAUAAAGGUGAGGUGCUUUAUGUCCUGGAUGCCAGCAAUCCAAGGCAUUCAAACUGGCUACGUUUUGUGCAUGAGGCACCAUCUCAGGAACAGAAGAACUUGGCUGCUAUCCAGGAAGGGGAAAACAUUUUCUAUCUAGCUGUUGAGGACAUUGAAACAGAUACAGAACUUCUGAUUGGUUACCUUGAUAGUGACAUGGAAGAGGUGGAGGAAGAGGAGGAGGAAGCAAUUAUUAAUCAUGAAGAAGAUGACAGCAACAACAAUAGUAAUAGCAGCCACAAGGAAUUGCAACAAAGUAGUGAAAAAGAUUCUCUUAGCUCUAAAGAGGACCAUGCUUGUCCCAACUGUGAAUCCAGUUUUGCCAGCCAGGAAAUUUUAGCUGAACACCUUCAGACAUUGCACCAAAAACCCAGUGAAGAAAAGGAAUUCAAGUGCAGGAAUUGUGGGAAGAGAUUCCCAGUUAAGCAAGCUUUGCAGAGGCAUGUUCUCCAGUGCACAGAGAAUGUCAACCCAGGAGAACGUUUGAGAAGUUUUCAGUGCUCUGUUUGCAACACACCCUUCAGCUCUGAAUCGAGCUAUGAGCAACACAAAGAAGCAUGCCGAGGCGAUGCCAGGUUCAUAUGCAAGGCUGAUAGCUGCGGGAAGAGGUUCAAGAGCAAGGAUGCUCUGAAAAAGCACAAGGAAAAUGUUCACACUGGAAACUCUAGGAAGAGGCUGAUGUGCUCUGUGUGCAAUAAGAGGUGUUCUUCAGCAGCAAAUCUUCAAGAGCAUCGGAAGGUUCAUGAGAUCUUUGAGUGUCAGGAAUGUGACAAGAAAUUUAUUUCAGCUAACCAGCUAAAACGCCAUAUGAUAACUCACUCAGAAAAACGCCCCUACACCUGCGAGGUUUGCAAUAAGUCCUUCAAACGACUUGAUCAAGUGACUGCACACAAAAUAAUACACAGUGAAGAUAAACCUUAUAAAUGCAAGCUUUGUGGAAAGGGAUUUGCCCACAGAAAUGUUUACAAGAAUCACAAGAAGACCCAUUCUGAAGAGAGACCAUUUCAGUGUGAGGAAUGCAAAGCAUUGUUCCGAACCCCAUUCUCUCUGCAAAGACACCUUCUAAUACAUAACAGUGAAAGGACCUUUAAGUGUGAUCACUGUGAUGCUACAUUCAAAAGGAAGGACACACUGAAUGUCCACAUACAAGUUGUUCAUGAUGGUCAUAAGAAGUAUAAAUGUGAUUUGUGUGACAAAGCCUUUGUGACACCAUCUGUGCUUAAGAGCCAUAAAAAAACUCACACAGGUGAAAAGGAGAAAAUUUGCCCCUACUGUGGGCAGAAGUUUGCAAGUAAUGGAACACUCAGAGUACAUAUUCGUAGUCAUACAGGUGAACGUCCUUACCAGUGUCCUUAUUGCGAUAAAGCUUUCAGCAAAAAUGACGGAUUAAAAAUGCACAUUCGUACCCACACCAGGGAAAAGCCUUACCAGUGUUCCGAGUGCAACAAGGCCUUCAGUCAGAAACGUGGCCUCGAUGAGCAUAUGAGGACCCACACAGGGGAGAAGCCAUUCCAGUGUGAUGUUUGUGAUUUAUCAUUCAGCCUGAAGAAAAUGCUGAUCCGGCACAAGCUGACUCACAAUCCCAACCGCCCCAUGGCUGAAUGCCAGCUCUGUCACAAAAAGUUUACAAGAAACGACUACCUCAAAGUACACAUGGAAAAUGUCCAUGGAGAAACUGACAGCUAACUUGGCUUACACAAGAGAGUGUCUAGUGUUUCCUUUGGAGGUGCAUAACCUCCCAUUGUUCACUUGAUUUGUGAACACAAGGCACAAAAAUAACACUGAUGUUUUCACAUAAUCACUUUUUUCAUGUCUUUUUUUUCCAAACUAAAAAUGUUUACUAAAUUCAGUGAAGUUAGAAUGGAAACAACAUUAAGGGUGAAUUUACAAGGUCAUUUCAGAUGAACAUAUUGGCACUAGAACCUGUCAUCAAUCUGUCCUGGUUAAGUUUCCAUUCUGUGUGUGUCUCCUUGCGGUGUAAUCAAUAGUUCACUGAAGUUGCAGCCUUAAUUGUGCUUAGAGCUAAAACUGGUACUCUGUAAAUAGAUAACAUGCAGCCUAAUUUGAUGGUGUUCAAAAGUUAAGCUGCCCUUCCCUGGAUGCUCUUUCUUCACCUGUAAUUAAGUGAAGAUGAUAUGUAGCUACAAGCUAUGUUUUUGCAGAGCAUCUGCUUUGGGUGUUGAGCUCAGUGGGAUUUACUUCUAAGCAGAUUCAGUUAGGAUUGCAUUGCACAACUUGGAAAGUAAAAUAAUACAACGUAUGUUUGGUAGGAUGUGGAUAAGUCCCAAGUAUGAUAAGUGCUAGUGUGCUAUGUAUUCCCAUCCCAAAUAAGUCUAUAAACUCAUUGUGUCUUUAAACUCUAGACAUUUUAUUUUCAAGCUUGCACACUGGGGAUGGGGUCUUACUCUGGAAUGACUUUAAUUGACUUUAAUCGUUUCAGUAGCUUAAGUCUUUUAGAAAUUAUCAGGACCUCAACACAAGUUUCUACAGACUAUACUGUAAACUGUGUUUGUGGUCGAUAGAUUGCUAAUUCUGUGCAAUGGCUUCUUAUGCUUUAGUAAGACCAUAAUAAUAGAUAGAUUUUGUUAACUUAGUGAAUUGACAUUUUUAACCAGCAUGGUUAUUCAAGCAAAGUUAAUUCUGGCAUAUACAUAUUUGAUCCAACUCGGAACAGAUAUUGAAAUAUUGGCAGGUUUUUCAAGCCCCACUCUUGUAUAGCAGCUUGGCUAUGGGGAUUUGCUGCUGCAUGGUUAGUAUUAUGUUUGGUCACAAUUGUGUAAGACAAAGCGAAAACAAACACUGUGAGUGAUUUAUGUCGAAACGCUGUGUUAGCACUAAUGUAAUAUUUGCAAAUGCCAAGGCUAGAGGAAACAAGAUCUUAGACUGGUAUCCAACAUCUGAUUAAGGCAAGGAACAUGUAAUGAAAUUGCUAUGAAGAAUUUUUCCCCAUGGAAUUCUGCAUGAUCUAGAGUGAAACUUGUGCAAUGAAUCCGUCACUCAUAUUUGUUUUUUAUAUGGUUAGGAACACUAAGACUGGGGUAAGAAUAAUUUGCUAACUUCGUGAUUUUUUCAACAAGUACUUUUUCUUAAUUAUUAGUGGAAAGUCUGUAAGUUCUUAUACUUGAUUAACAGAAGCCAGAGCAUGGUGAAAGAAAGCAAAUCAGCACUGAGGUAUCAUCUGCAAAAACUACAAAAACAUUUUAAGAAAAUCUGGUUAUACGUGAAUACUUUAUAAGUUGGUCAGCAAUGUACUGUAAAAUCAGGAGUCUUCACAAUAAGACAUAUUAUGUAACAAUGUGAAUUAUAUUCAGCAAUGAGUAAUUAACACCAAAAAGAGAAAAACAGGCUCCAGGUAUUGGAAGUAACACCUCUCGAGCCUAUUCCAUUGUUGUUGUUGUUCACAACAACCUAAGUUUAGCUUCUAAUACAUCAUGCUGGGUCAUUUUAAGUUUUAUAUUUAUUUGCAUUGCUUAAUCAAUGUUAGCUUAGGCAAUAGUGACAAGCCUCC